AUGUCGACCACCACCCUCCCGAGGGCUACCAACGGGCCACCGACCUCGGCCCUCCCCGCCUUGCCCGUCGGGAAAACACGAAAAACCGCCGGAGGCAUCGUCGCUCCCUCACGUUCAGCCAGCAGCACACCUAGGAGCGGCCUGCGCGCUCCAUCGACUUCAUUUCUCCCUCCCUCAACGCCCGCCCCAACGACUGCGUUACCACAACCGCGAUCGGUCUCCGGUAUUGUUACUCCGGGAACCAAGACCAUUCGCAAGACGGUCAGCAUCAACUCGUUUCCUCAACCUCCUCGUGGCGACAGCGGUCGUGCCAGCCUUCCGCCUAGUCCCCUCUCCAGUGGCGCAUCGGCCUCUCGAAGGCCGAAAACCGCGGCAGGUGCAGAUAUCCAUAACUCAGGCAACACGCCAAGCCUGCUAAACGGCUCGGAAGGGAUAAAGUCUGUCCGUAACGCCGGGGCCAGGAGCUCGGAUGGCUUCAUCAGUGUAGGAUCGCCACCACAAAGUCGAAGCUCAUCUGCACAAGACUCAUAUUCAACCUCGGCGACGCAGUACGACGAUGUGACAGAUGGGACGCAAAACAAGCCAGGCGCCGGAGGCGAAAGCAAGAGAACAUCAAAGAUGGAUGGCAAGGGAAAUGUGAUAGUCAGCGUCAGGGUACGACCUGAUGCAGGCUCUAAUGAUCACGGGAGGACAGAGGGAGAAUGGUUGGUCGAUGGAAGAAAAUCGCUCAUUUCAUAUCGCGGCAAGGAGGGCGGUGAUUACUUUUACGAUAACGUUUUCGCGACGCAUGACGACAAUUCAAAGGUGUAUGAUCACAGCGCCAAGCGCUUGGUUAGGAGAGUAAUGGAGGGCUACCACGGCACGGUGUUUGCGUACGGAAUGACGGGUACUGGAAAGACUUUCUCCAUGCAGGGUACUGCUUCGUCGCCUGGUGUUAUUCCACUAGCGAUUACGGACAUUUUCUCGUACAUUCGAGAGACGCCCUCGAGGGAGUUUCUGCUACGCGUCAGCUACCUCGAGAUCUACAAUGAAAAGAUCCAUGAUCUUCUCAGCAUGCCCACCGGUAGCGGGGUUGGCGGUAACGCAGCUCAAGAGGAGAUCAAGUUGCGUGAGGACAGCAAGCGUGGAGUCUAUGCCAGUCCGCUCAAGGAGGAAAUUGUGCAAAGUCCGACCCAGCUGUUGCGUGUCAUUGCACGUGGUGACCAGGCACGCAGGACGGCCAGCACACAGUUCAACGCCAGGAGUUCUCGAAGUCACGCUGUCGUACAGAUUGUUGUGGAAAGUCGGGAACGGGUACCGGGUUCUUCUUCGACGGGUGGCGACAGCAAGCGGUCCGGCAUGCUCCCCGGCGGCGUACGCGUGUCCACUUUGAGCUUGAUCGACUUGGCAGGCUCCGAAAAGGCUGCCGAGAGCAAGGAGCGCCGUACUGAAGGCUCGCAUAUCAACAAGAGUUUGCUGACUCUGGGCACCGUCAUCUCGAAACUGUCCGAAUACAAGGACAAGGACGGAAAGAUCGACAAGGAUGGCAAGCAUCUUCCAUACCGAGACAGCAAGCUGACCAGGCUAUUGCAAGGAGCCCUCUCCGGAAAUUCACUUGUCAGCAUCCUCUGCACGAUCCAAAUUGGCGCUGCUGGUAGCAUGGCCGGAGGUAACACGCACGUCAGUGAGACGAUCAAUACACUCAAGUUCGCAGCACGCGCCAAGAACAGUAUCGUCAGUCAUGCGAAGAAGGCUGAGGAAGCUCUAGGAGCAGGUGGUGAGGGUGGCGCGAGAGUUCUGCUCGAAAGAUACCGUAUGGAAAUCCAAGAGCUCAAGUCUCAGUUGAAUUCACAAGCAAAGAACAAGGGCAAGGAGACCGAUGAGUACAAGGCAAAAGACGCCGAGGAGGAAAAGGCACGCGAAAAAGAAGCCGAGCAUCGCCACGAGGAACAACUUCUCGAAAUGCAACUCGCACGCACAGCUCUCAAGGAGAGGAUAGACCAUCUGAAUAGGCUGAUUCUGAGCUCCAAAUCGACAGGUGUCAACUCGAACGGGUCAUACAGCUCGUUGGGAAUGCACCCUCGAUCGUCGCUCGUCUCGGUCAGGUCAAUGGGGACAACAAGCGGACGAUCCCUUCUGGAGAGGACAUCGUCAAUGACAUCAUCUUCUUCUACCCUUGGUCGACGCACCAGCAGCCGGCGGGUGUCGAGCAGCGUGGGGGAGAUGAAUGUUGAGGAAGAGGACAGCCACGGCGAAUACGGAGACGGAAUAGCAUCUCUGGCGGCUCAGAACCGAGCGCUGCAGGCCGAUCUGACGGACAAGAACCGGUACAUCGCGACGCUGGAGAAGCGCUUGCUACAGGCUAGGAGGACAAGUUCAGCACGGGCAUCAAUCGGUAUUGGGGGUUCCAAAGGCAUCAUGGUCGGUGAGGACCACAGCGUAGCGACCGUCAUCAAGGAGAAGGAUGCCGAGAUUGCCGAGCUUCGUGCUCGUUUGGAUGACAAGGAUCGGAUGUUGAGUGCACUGCGGAGCGCCGCGCGGUCCAGGGACAACGCGGACCGAGUCGACUCACGCGCCGAGAUGCGGACAUCACAGAUCAUGGACGGCAGUGCAAAAUCGCCCAGCGAGGCGCGUACAUCACAGAUCAUAGAAGGGCCAGCGAAAUCGAGAUCACCUCUCGGGUCACCACCAAGUGAAGCAGCGCCGUCACCGCCCUCGCUUGCUCGCCAAAUGUCUGGGAUUAGGAAGCGGACAAAGAGCGUGGACGAAAUGAGCCGUAUACUUGAUGAGAUGCCUACGCCUUUACGAACUUGUGUCGGCUCGACCUCGGACACUACUGAUAAGGUUUUCUCUGUGCAGAUUCAGGAUCGUGUCGAGAGUGGCCAAAUCGUCCGUGGCGUGCGUGGCAGCGUCAGAAUUGCCAGCGAACAACGGAAAGCCCCUGCCAUCGCAGCGGAUGACCAGCUUAUGCAUGAACCAAAGCCCGCAUUGGCUUUGCAGGUCUGA